UGACAGAUUAAACAUGUUACUUCCUAAAUUAAUUCAGAAAAACUGUAAUAUUUUCAGAGAAAACCCGAUCAACAGUAUGUGUGUAUAUAUAUAAAAAAAAAAUAUAAACGAGUAUAAAUUGAAAACUGCGUUCAAACCUAUGAUUGCGUUGGAUAAAAACCGCAAUUUUAUAUAAACUGAGUGAGUUUUUAGUUAUUUACCAACGAAUAAGAAGGAGAAAAUAAUCAGCUUUAUUCCUAUUGCAUCAAUGGGAGCUGAAUGUUCUUCAAAAUCAGAUGUUCCUGAGAUUGUUGAGCCUGAACCUGUCGUUGUUGAGCCUGAACCUGUCGAGGAGGAGAGGGAAGAGAGCCCAGAGUCUGUAGAAAAUACUCCACAGCCAUCAAUACAUACAGAACCUUCAAUAGCAUCCUCCGAUGACCCCAAUAAAGCUUCAGAUUUCGAAGAAUUUUUUAUUACAUUUGAAAGCGAUUCUGAUGAGAUAAAGCUACGGCCAACAGAAAAUGACUACCCUGUACCAGUGCCUAAUAUGACAGAGCGUUAUUUAACAAAGAAAAUACAAUGGUUUGAAGACUUUGAUCCGAAUACAGGGAGUGAUGAUGCUGACAAUGACGUAGAAGAAAGGGGAAUAACCAAGGCAGAAAUAGAUCACCAUGCUAGAACGGUGCAAAGAUCAGACCUGAAUAGUUUUGACAAGCUUAUUAAAUAUCUAGACACACCAAUUAAAGGAAGGCCAACACGAGAUGAAAUGAUGGUCAGGAUUAUACUAGUCUGGCUGAGUAAUCAAGUAGUGGAACAUUUUGUAUCCGAGGAAUGUACCGACAAAACACCUUUGGGGUUCCUGAGUUUACUUGGACAGAGAAGAUCAACAUAUUCUACAUUUUUUACUGUUCUAUGCAGGGCAGCCAAUGUUAAAUGUGCUCAGAUCCAUGGAGUUUGUAAAGCAGGAGAUUACCAACCAGGUGAUACCAAUGUAGAUAAUCUAACAUGUCUGUGGAAUGCUGUUUACAUUCAGAAUUCAUGGCGCAUCAUUCAUCCGUACUGGGUUUGUCGGUCAGUAUUUGGGAAGAGAUCUAGUGGGUGGAUAAAACUAGAGGAGGAUGGAAAGGCAAUCGGACAAAGAACAAUAGCCGCAGAUGGGGUGGUUAAAAAUGCAUUUAAGGAAUAUUAUAUAAUGCCCGACCCUAGUCAGUUUAUAUAUCGCUGUCAUCCCGACAGCAAAGAAUGGCAACUCUUGUCUACUCCGAUUUCGAGAGAAUCAUUUCUCAAACAAGCUUAUCUUCUGCCGCCAUUUUGGGCUAUGGAAAUGAAAUUGGUGAGCAAAAAUGCAUGUUGUUUAUUUGCAUCCGGUAAAACUCUUACACUUACGUUUGAAACUUCAAAAGCAACAGCUAAUGCAAUAAAUUUGGAUUAUGAAUUUUUGUUGAAAGAAGGAAGUGCACAGAAGGAAGAUGAAAAUGAAAUGUUAAAACCAGAAAAUAUGCCAAGGUUAGUCGCUAAAAUCCGAAAUGCAUCUGAGUGGAAUUUUGAUAUUCAAUUUCCGAUUGAGGGGAUAUAUAAAAUCGUAAUAUAUGGUGGACCAGAUACACACCCAUUAUUGAGACUAUGUGAGUUUAAGAUUAUAUGCACCAAGAGGACAGAGGGUUGUCGAUUAAUACCAUUCAAUCCGGGAAAAUUAGGAUUUGGUCCAGGACCCGAGUCUGAUAGGGCAGGUUUACUUCUCCCCUCUCAUAGAAAUGGGAUAAUAACAAUAGACCGAAACAGCCCUACAAAUCUCAGAUUUCUUCUUGCCAGCGAUACCUAUAAAUCUCUAAAAGUUAAAACUGAACUAGUCGAUUUUGACUUAAAAGAUCAAAAAUCUUCUGUUAAGAGCGUUAUUGAAAGAGAUACGAAAGAACUUAAAAUAAUAACAAACAUUGUUCAGAAUGGAGAUUACGGUCUGAGAAUAUCUACUAGUACUGGUGAUGAUCUCGAAAGAUUGACUGUGGUUUGCAAUUAUCUCAUUACAACUUCCAAUAAACUAUCAAGAGAGAAAGCAAAUCAGCGAGUAGCUAGACGAAAAUUGCUUUCUUCAAUUGAAAAUGGUGACAACAUAGAAAUAACGGAAAGUAUCAAUAGAUGUAUAAAGGAGAAAAUAUCGGAGAGCGAUUUGGAUAUUGAAAACGCACAACGUAAACUUGAUGUAUUACAGUUUAGAAAAGCAUUUCAUGAUGCCGUUUUGAGAAACCAUUUAGGCACCAUAGAAAAGACCAUCAUUAGUCUAAAAUCAUCACUGUACGAGAGGAUAUUUCGGAAAGCUAUCCAGGAGUUAGACAAUCGUGCUAAUGAUUUGAGGUCAUCAUAAUUGUGUUUUGCUCUCCAGACAGAAGUAUCGAUAUGUUCAGUCAAUACUAAUCAACAUGGCCUCAAUUAUACGAACAGUUAAUUUUUCAAAUAAAACGAUAUAAAUAUCUA